AUGCGAAAAAAAAUAUUAGGUCAACCAACACCUCGGCAAUCACAAGUGGCAAUGAGCGCAGCGCUGGCUGGCAUUGACAACGAUCCAUCGGAUGAUGAGAGACAACAACCGAACCCAGACCCAAAAAAAUCUGAAGAAAAAAUCUCAAACUAUAACGAAAAAUUCUUCACUCAUUUUAUAUAUGAAAAACGAUUCGACACAUGCAAACGAGAUAUGCAUCAAAUAUACCAUCAUGCAUUUAAAGAUACACCAGCAAUGUACACAAAACAAAUCGUCGGCAACCGCAACCGUCGUUCAGCACACAAUGAACUAAUAUGA